AUGUCAGACCCCAACAACUAUACUAUUGGGUGGAUUAGCGCCCUCGAAAUCGAGUACGCUGCUGCCCAAGAAUUCCUUGAUGAGGAGCACGGAGCACCAAGAUGUGUUCACAAGAACGAUGAAAACCACUAUUCGCUAGGCAGAAUUCGAAAUCAUAACGUCGUAAUAGCUGUCCUGCCCCGGGGAGGUAAUGGCAUUGCAGCCGCAGCGAUGGCGGCAAAAGAUAUGAUGCACUCCUUUCCCAACGUUAGAGUAUGUCUGAUGGUGGGUGUUGGUGGUGGGGCACCCAGCAAAAGGCAUGAUAUACGUCCUGGAGAUGUUGUUGUCAGUGUCCCUACUUUUUCUGAAAAGGGGGGGAAUCAAGGUGGCGUGGUUCAAUACGAUUAUGCGAAAACAAUUCAGGAGAAACUCUUCCGGUCCACAAAAUACUUGAAUUCGCCGCCUAGAGCUCUACUUACUGCAGUAAAUGGGCUCAGCACGAAGCACAUGAGAAAAGGGAACGAGAUUGACGCAGCUAUUAAGAAAAAGCUUGAGGCAAAUCAAAGACUGCAGAAAAACUAUGGCCGGCCAGAUGGUGACUCUGAUAAACUAUAUUCAAGCGACCCAGCCCAAACCAUGGAUACGAUUUUUGGGGCUACAUGCAUAAGAUGGGAAGCCGCAUCUUCCGUCUGGCCCAGGCGCGAUGAUGAUAACCCAACUAUCCACUAUGGCACUAUUGCUUUAGCAAAUCGAUUAAUGAAAGAUGCGAUCUUGAGGGAUAAGCUUGCAGCUGAAAACGAUGUACUAUGCUUUGAAAUGGAGGCAGCAGGGCUAAUGAAUUACUUUCCUUGUCUGGUUAUCCGUGGAAUUUGCGACUACUCCGACUUGCAUAAGAAUGCAGAAUGGCAAGGCUAUGCAGUAAUGACGGCGGCUGCUUACGCUAAAGAUCUUUUAAUUUGA